GUGUGUUUUGUGCCACAUCAACAUGCACAUAGAACAUCUUAUUUUCUUUUAAUUUUUACUUAAAAUUACUUCUCUUAGCACAAAAAUGGAAGACAGCGGGAUCGAGAGUGACCCCAAGCAGCCGACGACGACGUUUUUGAGUGGAAACUCUUUUGUUAAGUUAACCGACAGUGACAGUUCUCCAGCAAGCAGCGGGGGCCAAGUGACCCCACGGAAGGCUACAGCUAGAGAAUUAAGGAGGAAAUUAGAAAGGAGAAUAGAACAGGCACGUAAAAGUCAUAAGGCCCAGGAGUACAAGAAGGGGCCCAGUUUGAUCCCGAUCCAGAGACUGCCCAUUCCGAGCACAAAAAUUAUUUCAGCAAAGGAAAAAAGGGAGCAACAACCACUCGUCGAAUGGGAAUCUGAUGAUAGUGAUGACGACCUACCCGUGAACUUCUUCCCGUCCGCAAAGGACAAAGCCGCCAGACAAGAACUGACCGACACAUUCAGCAUCGAGGAAAUGGAAAUGUCUCCCGAGGAGGACGAGGACUUGAACCUGGAGCCGCCCAAGCAGGCCCUGAACAACUGGUGCUGCUUCCAAAUGCCCACCAUCGACUGGAAGUGUCACAUCCUGUGAGCAUUUUCUCAAAAAUAGAUCCGAUAAACGAGUACCCACUUAUUAAUCUGCGCACACGAAAGCAAAAAUAUUCUCUAAAAAAUUUACGUAUCUGAUGGAAUAAACCUGAGGCUUGAUCGCUUGAAACAAAUGCAAAAUAUGAAAAUCAUCUUAUCAAGAGCUUAGAUAAAUUUCUCUUCUAGUCAUGAAAAAAAUGGCAUUCCAAAGCUUUGUGAUCAUAUAAAUGCGUUGGGCGCAAAUACAUAUUACACAUAUUUACGAAAGCGAAAGAUCAUCCCAUCUUUUCAUAUUAUUUAAACUGUUAGUCAUUAAUUAAUGUUGAGAAGUUGCUUUGUGAUAUAAAUAAGUCAAUCAAUCCUGUGUGUCUAGUUUACAAUUUUAAUUCAUGUGUAAAAUAUAUACGUCCAUGAUAGAAAAAAUUGCUGAUAAUUGUUUUAGGUCUUAAGACAUGCCAAUUUCUGAGUUAUUUAUUAACAUUUUUAUUUAAGAACAAGUUGAAUAAAAAAAAACGUGUUUUGAUUGUUCUGUUUUUAAAAUUGUUGGUGCAUAAUAUGACAUUUUCAUAAU